CACGGGUCAGUUUCAACAGGACCAUUCCCUUCGAGGACGGCGGACGUUCUAUCGACACUUGUGUUUUGUGGUCACCCGGCUUUGAAACGUACAGAUGGCAUUUCAUCGUCUACUCUCGAAUGUGGUUGUUACCACCUUGGCUCUAUGUCUCCUCUCAGAAGCAGGCUCCAUUUCUACGCCCUCGGCGCGGGCAUCUAAUGCGGACCCACUGAACACCACAAUUACCUUGGACUAUGGAACUUUCAUCGGGACGAGCAACACUACCAGCGGUAUACUCUCGUUCAAGGGUGUUCGCUAUGCUGAUGCGCCUACUGGUGACAACCGUUUCCGAGCUCCCAUAUCGCCUCCGACUACACAGCUUGGCACUGUUGAUGCUAGUAAUUUUGCGGACAUCUGCAUCCAAGCGACUUCCACCAGUGUCACGGGAACUCAGUCGGAAGACUGCCUCUUCGGAAACAUAUAUGUCCCCAUCGGUACAACACCCGAUUCUCAACUGCCCGUUCUGGUCUACUUUCACGGCGGAGGGUUCCAGGCAGGAGAUACAACAUCGUUCUUCCCUGACUUGUUACUCGAUACUUCGGCAGAGCCUAUGAUCUUUGCCACUUUCGCGUAUCGACUGGGCGCGUUCGGCUUCCUCGGUGGUCCUGAAGUCUUUGCUAAUGGCGAUGGGAACGCCGGAUUAUUGGACCAACGUGCUGCACUUCGUUGGGUUCAAACAUAUAUAUCCGCCUUUGGGGGAAACAGCGGCAAUGUGACGAUUUGGGGAGAGUCCGCCGGUGCUGGCGCCAUAAUGUUCCAUCUUAUUGCUACUGGAGGGGACAACGAGGGACUUUUCACAAGAGCCAUUGGUGACUCGGCUUCGUUGUCUUUCCUUCCUCCGUACACCGAUGGAUUUAUAGAGACAUUGUACCAGCAGCUCGCUAUCAAUGCUGGAUGUGGCGGUGUGACCGAUUCUCUUGCAUGCUUGCGAGCGGCCAAUGUCAACGCUUUGGCGAACGCGAGCAGCGUCACGCUGAAGGCCCGUCCAGCUGCCCUCUUCCCCUUCGCUCCGUCCAUAGACGGAACGUUUCUCACCGAGAGAACCACUGAGGCGUUCGCAAAUGGACGUUUUGCACAAGUUCCUGUCUCUAUCGGCUCCAACACCAACGAGGGAAACAACUGGUCCGAAGGUCUCCCCACGUCGUCGGGUGCCAACGUCGGAGUAUCGGGUGCUACGAGUCAAACCGUUUUCAACUUCCUCGCCGGACAAUUUCCCAAUAUCACACAAGAAACGUUCAGCUUGAUCGAAGAACAGUACCCCAUAACGAGCUUCAACAAUUCUUUAGAGCUUCAGACAUCGGCGAUCUAUGGGGAGGCGAGAUACAUAUGUACCGCGUUGCUGAUUACCGGAGCUGUGACGAACUUUAGCAACACGGCAUACCAGUAUCGUUAUGACAACCCUGAUGCUCAGGGGUUCACCGUGCAUGGGUCUGAUCUCACGGCGUUCUUCAGUUUCUCGAACCCGUCUUUGCCGCUUUUCACAGCCAUGAGACAAUACUUCACCUCGUUCGUGACCGGUGGCGUGCCCGUUGCGACUGGCGAAAGCAAUAACGAAGCUACCUGGGAGCCGGUCAAUACGGCGACUGGGACGCCUAGGAUACUGUUCCAUCCCGAUGCAGUGGCUAUGGAGGUCGACGAUGCCUUGGUCUCUAGGUGUGAGUUCUGGAGGACGACGGAUGUCCAAUUGCAGCGGUAGGAUCAUGUGUACGACGCAUUGUUUCGUUGUCCGCAAAGCCUCGGGUUCAUGUUGUAUACAGAUGAUGCCAGUGAAAUCAUAUCGAGGGCACACACCCUCUGAUCCGUCAAAAGCUGUCGGAAGUUGUUCAAUGCCCCAGCCCUGAAGAACAGUUCACACCGCACGAUCGACGUAAGGCUCGCCACGCCAUCUUUGAAGUCUGCCGAAAGAGCGUACCAUUUACGGGAUUGUGUAGCACAGGCGCGACAUUUAGUUCAAUACUAUUGUACCAGACUGGCAGACUCUGCCCUGACUACUUAAGCUUAUUAUUAC